AUGGCAAGCAGCAGCAGCUCGGACAAUGUCAUCGGGGUCGUCAUCAUGGCAAGGCAUGGCGACCGGAGGGGCUACUACCAGUCCCCCGUUACCUAUACCGCUUCGGACACGAUCAUCACGCCGCUGGGAGAGGCGAAGGAAUGGCAACUCGGUGCUCUGCUCCGGUCGAUAUACCUGAACGAGUCGUCCUCGUCUUACGUUCAGGGUAUCGCACCAUACACCUCUGCCUUCAAUUUGAGCCAGGUGCAGGUUUACGCGGACAACAGUGGAGAAGGGUCCGUCAUCAUGGAUAGUGCGGCCGCACUUGUUCAGGGCCUCUGGCAAGCCACGGAUCUCCAAAACACGACCCUUGCCAAUGGGUCGACAAUCAUCAGUCCACUGGGAGGCUAUCAAUACGUUCCGAUUAACUCUGUCAGCCCGAACGAGGACAUUACCUUGGACAGCACAGAUCAAUGCAAGGCAUUCACCACGCAUACUACUACGGUGUACAACUCAUCCAUCUUCCAAGCCAAGCAAGAAGAAGCGGCCUCGUUCUUCUCUGAGUUGUCACCGUAUGUUGGAGGACGGUCUCUCGAGCUGGACAACAUGUGGAACAUCUACGACUAUAUGAAUGUCCAGUCCAUCCAUAACACGACUUUCGCAGCCGCCUUGCCGUCAGAGUACCUCGCCCAAGCCCGCGACCUCGUCGACUGGCAACAGUACCAGGUUUUCACAGACCCGUCUUUCGACGGCAUUGGCAACAUCGGUUUCCGCACGAUGCUCCCGGGGAUCUUGAACUCGUUUAAACAGUUCCAGAAUGCAUCGACAGGCUUGAAGCUGAGCUACUACGCCAUUUCGUACAAGCCCUUCCUCGGACUCUUCAACAUGACGGGCAUAGUCAAUGACGGUCAAGUUCCCCAGGCGGUCGUCGACUACGCGGGCACCACCGUCUUCGAGCUGCGUCAGCCGUCAAGCGGCUCAGAGCCGACAGUUCGCCUGCUCUUCAAGAACGGGACGGCUGCAACGGAGUACAGCCCCGUGACGAUGAGCUUCUCUGGCUGGAACGGCGCGCAGAGCGGCACGGACGUCCCGCUGUCGACCUUUGUGAGCGCGUUCGCACCCGCGGCUAUCAACAGCACGCUCGACUGGUGCCAGGCUUGCGGGACGACCACCGAGCGGGGAUGCGCUGUCGCCCUCGCGGCGGCUGCGGAGACCGCGAGCUCGGGUGGCCACCAGAAGAUAAGCAAGGUCGGCGCGGGCUUCUUGGGUGCUGGGCUCACAGCGGCAGUGUUCUUGAUGGCACUCGGUGUGCUCGCCUUCCUUGGUGUACUGACUGUCGGUGGGAGGAGAUGGAGAAGGAAGCGGGCUGCUUCGGGGUCCAAGGAGAAGAUUAGGAGUGCUAGUGGUGGCGACGUUGAGCUUCACUCUGAGGCAAACUCGCUGUCUAAGGUGUAA